GGUACUUACGGCAUCGGUGUCACUCGGUGUGCAAAAAUUAAUAGUUAAAAAAAUCGGUUUUUGAUCUAAAACGGAGUUUCGGGAGCCAAUAUUCGUUUCAAUCAAUACGUUUGAUAAGUGAUGAAUGUGUAGGUCGAAGUGCUGGAUAAACAGAUCGAGAGAUAAAGUGCAUUUUCCGGGGAAUUAACCAGCUGAUGGCGGGUGGACUCGUUUGGCAGUCUAGUGAUCUUAACAGUAUACAAUCGUUGAAGAGACUUUAUUAAUUUAUUUCGUAUCGCGGAAUCUAAUUUUAGUGCCGGAAUCAGAUUUUUUGCGCCGUGAUAUCGAAAAAAAAACAUUGAAGUGGUGGUCAUUUGGGCGUGCACACCUCUAUUGUCAUUGAUAUUUCGCGACCAUUCAUAAACUUAAAGCGGACUAUAAAUACAAAUGAUGCGUUUAAAAAAUCGUGAAAUUUUAUGACAAAUUUUAUAGUGGUGAAAUGCCGUUUACAACCCCCGCGUAAAAAGUGUGUUGUUUGUCAUUUUAGUCGCGGAAGAAGACCUCGAGAACGAUGUCGACAACGGCAUUCGUCGACAGGAUCGAUCCUUUUGCAAAAAGGUCGCUGAAAAAGAAAACCAAAAAGUCACAAGGAAGUUCCAGGUAUAGAAACUCUCAGGAUGUGGAAUUACAACCUUUACCCUUCUUGAAAGAUGUGCCAGCGUCCGAACAGGAGGAACUUUUCAUUCGUAAGUUGCGGCAAUGUUGCGUCCCGUUCGACUUCAUGGAUCCGGUUGCGGACCUUAAAGGUAAAGAGGUCAAGAGGUGCUCGCUGAACGAACUUGUGGAUUACAUUACGGGGGGGCGCGGUGUUCUCACCGAGCCGGUGUACCCAGAAAUCAUCAAAAUGAUAUCCGCAAACCUAUUUCGGACAUUGCCGCCCAGCGAAAAUCCAGAUUUUGACCCCGAAGAGGAUGAUCCCACUCUGGAAGCGAGUUGGCCACACCUACAGCUAGUCUACGAAUUCUUUUUGAGGUUUCUGGAAAGUUCGGACUUUCAGCCGACAAUUGGAAAACGGGUAAUUGAUCAGAAAUUCGUAUUGCAACUUUUGGAACUGUUUGAUUCUGAAGAUCCACGGGAGAGGGACUUUUUGAAGACAGUUUUGCAUAGAAUUUAUGGAAAAUUUCUCGGCCUCAGGGCGUUUAUUCGCAAACAAAUUAACAACAUAUUCCUUAGGUUUAUUUAUGAGACUGAACAUUUUAAUGGCGUUGGGGAACUGCUGGAAAUCCUAGGAUCUAUAAUUAAUGGUUUUGCAUUACCACUGAAGGCUGAACACAAACAGUUCCUGGUGAAGGUGCUCAUUCCCCUCCACAAGGUCAAGUGCCUGUCGCUUUAUCAUGCACAACUUGCUUAUUGUGUUGUCCAGUUUUUGGAAAAGGACCCAACAUUAACCGAGCCAGUCGUCAAGGGUCUGCUCAAAUACUGGCCAAAGACUUGCAGUCAGAAAGAGGUAAUGUUUUUGGGUGAAAUUGAGGAGGUACUAGAUGUUAUUGAACCUUCUCAAUUCACGCGAAUCCAAGAGUCACUCUUUAGACAGAUUGCGAGAUGCGUUUCCAGUCCACAUUUCCAGGUAGCAGAGCGGGCUCUAUAUUUCUGGAAUAAUGAAUACAUAAUGUCCUUGAUGGAAGAGAAUAAUCAUGUUAUAAUGCCAAUUAUGUUUCCUGCGCUCUAUCGCAUCUCUAAGGAGCAUUGGAAUCAAACAAUUGUGGCUCUAGUGUAUAAUGUACUCAAGACUUUUAUGGAAAUGAAUUCCAAGUUGUUUGAUGAGUUAACAGUAACAUAUAAAGCCGAGAGACAAAAAGAAAAGAAGCGAGAAAAAGACAGAGAAGAGUUGUGGAAGAGGCUAAGCGAAUUAGAAUUAAACCACAAUAAGAAUCUAUCCAUAACUGGGUCGCCGCAACAAAACCAGCAGCAGCAAAAUAACAAUCCUCCAAGCAAAAAGUGAUAUGACAGCCUAACAUACCCUGCGCACCGGCCAGGCUAAUACGUUGAGUUCAUCCGGAGUAGUAGGCAACUCGACAAUGAAGAAGUGGAAAAUAUUUAAAACAUACCUAACAAUCCAUAGAAAUGAUGCAGCAGCAAUCAGAAAAUUUCUAGUGAACGUGUUAACAUUCUGUCUACAUUUGUAGAGGUGAAACAGACUAUGUUAAAAUGUGCUAUAAUAUAUUAUGUGGUUUUAAAAAAGUGAAAAAUAAGAGAAAAUAAACUGUAUAUAUAGUUGCGGCGGGAAGAUUUUUUUUGCAAAGUUUUGUGUAUGUUUAAAAUGUUUCACUUAUAAGAAUGUCAACUGAAUAUAGUCCACAGUCCUAUUGCACUACAAGUGAACUUAGUUGGAGGAUACAUUGCAAUGUGAAGUGAAGUAAUAAUUUCGACCCAUUUACUAAAUGAGAACAAUAGGAUUUAUUUCUAUCAUUUCACCAGUGUCCAGCUUCACUUAUCUUUGUAUCAUAUUUUAUUAAGCAUAUUAGUAGGAGAUUUUUGUUCAUUUCUACUUACAAAAAUACUGUCAUGGUUUUCCUGAUCAGAUGUUGAAAAAUGUACUGAAGCAGAAUAUGAAUGAAGAUAAAAGGAAAAUACAGAUGGAAAUAAAUCAAGAUGUGCUGAAAUAAAAUACCAAAUUGUUUUCUUAGCUUAAUUUUAUUAGUUUUAAAACAAAUUUUAAACAUAUACAAAACCAAUAGUUCUAAAACCUGUGCAUGCACACAGUGUGUUUGUCGGGGGUGAAUGGGAAAUGUGUUAUUUAGUGUACAGAGGGCUGUAUAAUUUGUAGUAUAAAAAUAAUUUUAGCUCUAGACGCCAAUUAUAAUCUUUAGUCAUAUUGUUUUUGCGCUGCGGACUGUUUAACAUCUCAAAAAUUUGGCACGGAUAUUGACACUGAUAGAACAGACUAUCCACUAACUCUUAUUAUUAUUUAUUACGAUUUCAUUUAGUUUAUUGAUAGAAAAUUCAUAAAUUACUGUACAUCGCGCCAUUCAUUUAUUUGCGCCAUGUAAUGUGGUCGUUGUUGUCUUAAAUAUGUUAUGCGGCUAGUUGGUUUUCUUAAUAAAUGAUAAGGGCAUUAAGAAGCCUAUUUUUCUGGUUAUUUGUGAGAUUAUUUUAUUGAGCACUUAAAAAAUGUGAGAAAUCUAACACUAACACUUUCAUUCAUCAUUCAUCUAUAUUUACAUUGACAUAAUAGUUUUAAAAGUUGGUGGACAAUAUAAUCCAUUUAAAAAACAUUAUGAUUUUUAAAGACAAUAAUACUAAAAAACAACAUUACUGCGAUCGCAUAAAUACAGUCUGCAUUUAAUGACCAAUGUGACGAUCGAUAAUUUGAAACUAAUACAAUUUAUACAGCCAAAAAAGAAACAAUUUUUUAAUGGUGCCACUUCACAACUGAACUUUAGAAGCACUGUUAUGUUCACUUAUAGAAGCUUUGUAUAAGAAAAAAUAUAAUAUAGCAAAUUGUGUUUUAGAUAGAAAAAAAAUAACAUCCUAACACAUAUACUUUAUAAUGGAUUGCAUGGCGAGCUCAAUUCCUUGAAACCGACCUUAAAAAGUGUGUCAUUUUUAUGUUCACAGAGCUGGUCUGUACAUUACAUUAAUGAAAACAUAUUUUGGUGUGGUUUAAAUUGAUUUUCAAGUUAAAAUGAGCAUAUAUUUCAUGUUUCAAAUAGAAGGUGAAGUAAUUGGCCAAAUUAAAUAAGAUUUUUUUUAAGUCGCGAAAGUUUAUGAAUGCGAAUCCAGUUAGUCAGUUGACAAAUCAGUAUCAAUGACAUCAUUGGUCGCAAUCUUUGCUCCACCUAUGUAGUAAUGUCAGAUAUAGCUCCGUGAAUUACUCUUUCGUAACCAUUGCUAACCUGUGAAAGUCAGGGCAAAAAAGCCCUUCCCUCAUUAGAGUAAAAUAUGUAAUAUAUAAUUAAAUCACUAUAAAACUUGUAGAUAUACGAGAAAUAUAUUGUUACAUUUCUAUUGUUUUUUUUUUCUUAAAAUAGAUUAUUUUGUAGUGACACUAGAUCAGAGUAUUUUUAUGGAUAUUAUAUCUGUAACACGUCAUAUGUCAUACUUUAUUUAUAAAAAAAAUGCCAUAUAUCUUAUAUUAAUUUUUGUCAUUGCAGUUGCUAAUAAGUAAUAAGAGAGGGGAAAAUACUCUGAGUCUACAUGUGCGAACUGUGAGCUAAUUUUAGUUUUUUUGUUGUUAUUUUUUAAUUGAUAUUGUGAAAUUAAAGCAAAACAUUUAUAAAUCUUUCAUAAUAAUUUGUAUAAGAGCUACUUAUUAACCUCAUUAUUUGAGG